AUGGCAGCUAAACAGAGUUUUAACAACCAUACGCUUGUCGAUUUUGACAAACUCUUAUUUGGCGAUUCAAGUGAAAUACAUCAUUUACAAAAUGAAUUUGAAUCUCAUGGUUGGUGCUUUAUUCGAUUACCCGACAAACAUGGCGAACUAACUAAUAAGCUCAACGAAAUACAAACCAUACUCUCAGCUUCUUUUGCUCAAAAUCAAACUGAAAAGUCCCAAUAUGAAUCAUAUAAUGCCUUUGGCUAUUCACGUGUCGGUUAUAAAGAAGGUAUUAAAGUACUUAUUGAUCAAAAUGGUCUUAAGAAUUUUCACCAUCGUUUAACAAAUGAUGUAGAACAAGUGUUACAAUAUCUGCAACAUUACUUAAUAAUUUAA